AUGCAACUUAAAGGUCGCAGUUCUCGAAGCGAGGUGUUCUACAUAAGCAGAAGCUUCAAGAAGACAGUCACCCUUCCACCUGCUCGCGCUUGGCGCGUGAAGGACAGCGAUGUUGCCGCUAGGGGAUACGUGCUGUGCAUGACAAAAUCAAAGGGUUUGCUAUUCGACAAAAUGACAAAUCUUGAACCGCGUCUGCUUACGCUGACUCGCACUGGUCUUCUCAUAAUCUAUAAUAAAGAGGACAAAGGCUAUGUUGUGGACGUGAAGGACGCCAGGAUAAUGACAACAAAGACCGAUCACUUCCGCACAAAACGACAGUCUUACCGCCGCUGUACGCUUAAGCUAAAGUUCAAAUACGGCUCAGUGUCAAUGAUCAUGUUCAACGAGGAAAUACCGCCGUGGCGAAAUGCUGUUGCAUCCGCCCAUGAUGGUAUACUCCGCAGUCGACUACAUUUCAUUGGAGUCCAUCGUAAACCACCGAUGAAUAAUAAAAAAGUAGAAAAUACACAAAUGAAGGAGGCCGAGAUCUCGACUAUUCCAGAAGAAGAAAAGCUCUCCACGUCGAGGUCACCGACUGUUCAAGGGUCAAGAACAAGCAUUAACACAUGUGUAACUGCUGAAGGUCUUAACCAGGCUAUGGAAACCAACAGCGAAGUUACUGUGGACAUGCCGGAAGAGAGUGAACCUGUUACAGUUAUCGAAGCCCCUCAGCGAAAAAAUUCUCAGACCAAAAAGAAGCCUCAUAUUAUCAUUACCUCAGAUGAUAAUUCCCAAUGGGAAACAUUUGACCCAACUGUGUGUGACUCUUCUUACCAAUGGCUUCACCGAGAGACCAAAAAAUCUACAGAGUCAGCUCAAAAAUGUGUGUCAGACUCCUCCAACAGUGGUUUGAUCACCGAGUUGACUGAUGAGGAUGCAAGCAAAACAGAGUCGGCAAAAUCUGUUCGCUGUGGUUACCACUCGGUAUCGACUUUGCGUUCACGACUUGAAGCAAAGAUGCGUGGUAUAGCCUCAAGAAAAUCGCUAAGACCCAGCCAAAAACGAAGCCCUACUCUGACUCAAGUAAAAGAACUGCAGAUUCCAACAAAGACACUGCCCCUCAUCGAGGAGCUUCCCAGCAAAGCAAGGACCGCCAUUCCAACAUCACCAAUAGAGCGAAUACGGCGUGCCGGACGAUCGCAAUCAGAAACAGAAUGCAGCAGUCGACGACAAGUUGAAAAACCUAUAGUGACGUCUUACGACGACUCACUGUUAGAUGUCCCUCUUUCUGACAAGCACCAGUCCCAGGACUGGCGAAACACGACCACCUCGCUGGAGAAGUACAACCCAAAUCAAUGGUGGGCUCUACCGCUGCGAGUGUAA